AUGCCUGACCCAGCGCUCUACACUGUUGGCCUGAUCACGGCUAUCACUACCGAGUUUGCCGCCACAUGUGCAAUGCUCGAUUCGGAGGAAGAAGAAGGGCCGGAUUAUGUCUCCACUGGCGACACGAACUCAUACACCCUUGGAACGAUGGGGAAGCAUAACGUCGUCAUCGCUGGUCUACCCCACGGGGACUACGGAACAGCUUCUGCGGCUGCUGCUGCCAGCAACAUGCUUAAUAGCUUCCCAAAUAUUCGGAUUGGACUGAUGGUCGGCAUUGGUGGUGGUGCACCAACGGAGAAGCACGACAUCCGACUGGGUGAUAUCGUCGUCAGCGCCCGUGACGGAGAUAGCUCCACAGGGAGUGUCUUCCAAUACGACUUCGGGAAAGCGAUCCAAAAUCAAGAGUUCAAGACGACACGCUUGCUCAACCAGCCUCCUCCUGCACUUCUUACGGCACUUAGCAAUCUCAGACAAUUCUACGACAGGAAAGGAGGGCAUACUCUCGAAAAUGAUGUAGAGAGCGCAUUUGCCGGAUCUCCAGGCAUCGAAGGCACACAUAGCAGACCGGAGUCAACUACUGACUGGCUUUACAAAAGUGAUUACGUCCACAACUCUAGCUGCUGCGCUGGUUCCGGCGAGAACAAUGAUCCGAAUCUUGUUGUCCGCGCCCCGAGAAAGCACGGGAAAGGAAAAUCCGUCAUCCAUUACGGUGUCAUCGCCUCGUCGAACCAGUUAAUGAAAGACGCAAGAAUGAGGGACAAGAUGGCCAAAGAACAUGGCGUUCUAUGCUUUGAGAUGGAAGCCGCAGGGCUCAUGAACCACUUCCCGUGCUUGGUUGUUAGAGGAAUUUGUGACUAUUCCGACUCUCACAAGAACAAGCGAUGGCAAGGCUAUGCGGCUAUGAUGGCUGCCGCGUAUACGAAAAGUCUUCUCAAGCGGAUUGCCCCAACCCGGAUCGAGCAGGAAAGAAAGUUGAGUGAGAUUGUCACUGGCGGUUAG